GAUGAAACUGCCCAGGCUUGGUAAAAUAUAGGGACCAAAUGGAGCAAUAUCGAAAGAUUGAAAUUCAUUCCCAUAAAUGAAAGAGAUACAUACACUGUAGGUUGUAGCUUCAAUUGAGCAGAAGAACAAGGAGAAGAAGAGGAAGAAGAUGAGUGAAAGGCCAGUACCAAGAAGAGAAAGUCCAUGGGGAAUGCCUGAGGGUGACCACAGACAACCAAAGCCCCAUAGAUGCAAUGACCGUGCUGAAGAUGUUAUCCAAGCAUGCUUUGAAGGUAAUCCUUUUAAAACGGUUCCAGGGCCUUUCAAGCUAUUCUGGCAGUGCAUGCGUUCCAAACCUGGGGAAGAACCUACUGAGCCAUUCUACUACUUGGAAUUUGAACCUCCCCAAAGAGAAGUGAAACUUGAGUAAAAAUUCUAUCAAAAGUUUCUUUUGUGCUACAUAUCAGUCUCUUUGUCAAAUGAUUAGGUGUAGCUUAUCCAGAACCAUCAGUAGUCUGGCCACUAUCCAAAAAAAGAUGGAAAUAAAAUGGUUUUUGUCAGUAACUUUGAACAAUAUGCUAGGAGUAUCUUCAGUUAUCAUAAGAACUUUGUUACAUUGCUAAUUUGAAUAUCAUAUGUUGUGCAAUCCUUGUAAUUUCCCUCGCGAAAAUGGGUGCAUUUUGUCAUUUUAUUGCUGCUAGAGUUUUGGAUGAACU